UUCUCUAGAGGUGAUUUUGUCCUUGGGCGCCGUCGGUUUACGUGGAUGCGAAUCGAAAGUGGGUUUUGUGCUUGUCAUCGUGCGUGUGCAGAUAAGUGAUGUACAAGAAUUAUCGUAUGGAAGCUCGAGCACGGACUUAGGAAACUGCAUGCUUACUGAGGGCGACCACGCCCACCUCGUCACCGCAUGGCUACGCUCAUCGUCACGACGCAAAAGUCGAAAAAGAAAGAAGAGAAAGUAUCCUCAUCAGAACUAGCCGUGCGUGGCCAAGAUGAAGGCACCCUCGGGAGGCAAGAGGAUCACGAAGGGCUGGCUGGAGUUCAUGCUGGCGGAGCACGAGAGGAAGGAGCGGCCCGGCACCCGAGUCUCCGUCGCGGACUUCGCCGUCAGGCAAGGAAUUCCUCCCGGGGAAGGGUUUAAUUCCGAACUAGUGCUCGUGGACGUCACGGCAGAGCUCUCGAACGGGCCAGGUGAGGCGCAGGAGAAAACGUACCAUCUUGCCGCCAAGUUCUUUCACGCCGACCCCUUCGCCGCUGAAAUCAACAGGAGGUUCCUGAGCCACAUCAAGGAGCUCCGCAUGUACGCAGAGGUGGUGCACGAGCUCAACGCCUUCCUGGCUGCCAGAGUUCCAGAAGAGUCCCCGAUUUGCAUCCCGAAGAUGAUUUAUGGAAAGGAGAAUGGGAGCGAGUAUGUGCUGGUGAUGGAGAACAUCAAGGCCGCUGGCUACAUGACCAACGACAAGAGGAAAGGCCUUGAUGUCGAACAUGUCAUGAGGUCUGUUGAGGAAAUUGCAAAGGUCCAUGCUGUGUCUUACGCCUACAACAAAGCUCACAACUUCCUCGAAAAGUUCCCCUGUUAUCAGUUCAAAAUCGAGACGAUUACUGUUAUCCCAGCAUUUCUGACCUGCAGCUUGAAGAAUUGCAUUGCUUAUCUGAAUACAGUGAAAGGUAAGGAAGAACUCGCCAAGAAAGUCGAGAAUGCACAUCCCAUUUUGUCCAAGAAAUUUCUCGCACUGUACGACGAUUUCGGAAAUGUGUGCUUAUGUCAUGGAGAUUUCUGGAACUGCAACAUUAUGUUCAAAUACCAACAGCAUGACGAUAGCCAAGAACAGACCCUCGAGGGAAUAAAACUCAUUGACUGGGGGAACUCUUCAUGGAAUAACCCCAUAUUCGACCUCCAGUACCUGCUCCAUACCUCAACCACGCUAGAACUAAGGAAAACCCACAUCGAUGACAUCCUGCAAAAGUACCACACCGUCUUCACGUCCCUCGCCACCAAGCUCGGGGCGCCUUUGCCCCACUACGACUACAGCGCCCUCCGGGAAGACUGGGACCGCACAGCCAUUUUUGGGUUUACCUUGGGUAACAUGCUCAUCCAGGGAACCCUCAGCACAACGAAUCCUGCGAAUAAACCUCGGGGGCCCUCCAUACUCGACCACGGCGCCCUCACGCCCGUCAGACUCAUAGUGAACGGCUUCAAGACCGGCAUGGCGAAGAUCCUCGGACCGAUCAUUUCGGGUCCGAAUGGGGGCAAGUUUAUGGAGAAAUUCUUUGGCGGAAUCCUGAAGCCCAUCCAGAAGGAAAUUCUAUCGGGAACGAAUGAAGCUAUGAAUGCGAGGCUGCUUGAGAUCCUGUGUGAGGCAGAUGAGAAAGGUCUCUUUGACGAGUAAUGGAUAUUGCGAAGAAAUCACUUGAAAAUGUACAAAUGCAUGGCUGCUGAAGUCAUUGGGAGGAUAAAGCUAUUUGUUUCUUGUUAAAUUAUCACGGGGUUUUAUAUGAUACAGACAUACUGUGUACAUAUACGUGUUUUUAUAUUUUCUGUAAUUUAAAUACAUAGAACACCACAAGAAACCCAAACGGAUUUUAUUUGAAAGGGAGAGAGAAUGGGGGGGUGGGGCGGAGAUUGAGAGUCAGAUGAGGAGAGAGGGAAGGAGGGGAGAGGAAAUGGGAAGGAGAGAGAGAGUAAGAGAGGGGUAGGGGGAAGGUUGAGAGGAGAAGAAAGGAAGAGAGAGCCAGAGACAGGGAGAGAGAGGGAAAGCAUAUAUAUAUAUAUAUAUAUAUAUAUAUAUAUAUAUAUAUAUAUAUAUAUAUAUAUAUAUAUAUAUAUUUAUAUAUAUAUAUAUAUAUAUAUAUAUAUAUAUAUAUAUAUAUAUAUAUAUGUAUGUAUGAACAUAUAUAUUAUAUAUAUUCCAUAUAUACAUGUAUAUGUAUAUAUAUAAAUUAUAUUAUAGCCCGCAACCAAAUUCAUGACGGCGUUAGGAUACAGUCUAAUGUGGAUUUUCCAGGAGUGAAUCCAGACUGGUCUGGUCUCUGGUGCCUUAGUAGGUGGUCACGGAUACUUUUCAGAAGAAUGUUGGCGAAAACCUCGCCUUGUAUGGGUGGGUGCUUCAUGCUCAGGGUGAUGUGAAGAAAUGGUGUGGUAGCUUAAGUAGUGUCCAGUGCUUGCAUGCCUUCACGCUUGCAGCUGUUAGCAAUGGCUCGCCGAGUGUGAAAAAGGGACCAUCUUUGCAUACGCCUCUCCUGCUAGUUCAUAGCUUCACCAUCAUCGAGACUUUUACAGUGCAUCAUAUGAGGUAUGAGGCCUGUGGCAAAAAGCCCAUGGGAACCCCACAGGCGGACGUUGGGCCCCACAGCCUGCCACCCCCCUUUAUAUGGGGCAACAUCAGCAGAGGUGGCAUCCACCCGGAGCGACUGCCCAGUGGGCUAUCCAGGUAGGAGCUUGGAAUAUCUGAUCCAUACAGCAGGAUGAACAAUUACCCCUGCUAUCGAGGGAACUGAAGCAGCCGGGAGUUUAGGUGGCUGUCCUCUCGGAGGAUGUAUGGAUGGGUACACCUGCUACUGGUCGGGCUGGGCCGAUGGUCGCCAACCCAGGGAGUAGCUAUAGCCAUCUCCAGUAGACUUCAACCAUCGGUAGAAGAGGUAACACCAGUUGACAAGUAUAUCAUCGAAUUGAUACAAGCAUGCCUUUGGAUUCAUAUUUCUUAUUACUGUGUAUGCUCCUACUAAUGUUUGCAAACUCGAGAGAGAGGUAUUCAACGACAAAAUGACACCUGUGAGAGAAAAGACAUUCACAUUGUACUGGGUGACUUCAAUGCAGCAUCCGACUAUGAUCGAGCUAGCUACGAGAUAUCUGUCGGUCCCCCAUAUAUAUAACACACACACAUGUGUAUAUAUAUACAAAUUGCAUAGUAACCACGACUAGCAGAUAUUCUACCGAAAUCACUCUCCCGCGAACACUUUCCCGGAUGCAGAGAAGGUUGUUGCAAAGAUUAGAUACAGAUAAGGAUGGAACGCUUCCUGAUAACGGCUGUUUAUCAAGCAACCCUCGAGCAUGACGGCGACAGUUUAAAGUCGAACGUAGGUGAGACCAGUGAACAUAUUUUGCCUCUUGUUUUUACUUCUAAGUACUGACCAUGUAAUUAAGUAUUGAUAUUCUGUGGUUUGGAAACGAGUGUUUUCUUUUAAUAAAUGGAAGUAGCUAAU